AUGGUGGCGGUAUUUAUUUACCAUUCUGCCAAUUCAAAAAGGAGCAUCUUAGCAGCGUUAAUUAUCACGACACUGUCAUCGGUCGGUCUAUUCAUUCUAUUCGCAUCUAAUAAUCAGCUGCCAUCUUUGAGAAAUAGCUGCGCUGUGGAUAUCGCAAGCAAUGCUACAAUACACAUCAGAUCAUUCAAUAUGGAGAAAAUGAUAGCGAUAGCUUCACAUAUACCGUUGCAAGCACAUCCAGUCAUUGCAUUUGUGAUGACCGUUGUGAUGUGCCCAAUCGUUUCGCUGUUCACAGGUGGUCAGGAUCAAAUGAGUCUUGACUGGAAUCUUGUCGUCAUACCAUGCUUCGGGUCGUUAGGGAGCCGCUCUCACUACAGUAAACGACCAUUCGUCGAAAGCGAGUCGUUUCGAUAUGCACAGCACAAUGCUGGGCCAGGCCUACUCAAGCAACAACGGUAG